UGUACUGGAAGCGCUAUUGGAGCAAGAGCCAGUGCUGCAAAGGAGUCACCCCAUAGGAUCCUGCAGGAAUAUUUGAGCUGGUGCAGGUCGUUGGAAAUGGGACAUAUGGACAAGUCUAUAAGGGUCGGCAUGUUAAGACCGGGCAGCUAGCAGCAAUCAAAGUGAUGAAUGUGACUGAGAAUGAAGAAGAUGAAAUCAAGCUGGAGAUAAAUAUGUUAAAAAAAUACUCCCAUCACCGGAAUAUUGCUACAUAUUAUGGUGCAUUUGUUAAGAAAAGUCCAGCAGGCCAAGAUGAUCAGCUCUGGCUGGUCAUGGAGUAUUGCGGUGCYGGCUCUGUGACCGACCUGGUGAAGAAGACAAAAGGGAACUGCUUCAAGGAAGACUGGAUUGCCUACAUCUGCAGAGAGGUUCUCAGGGGCUUAGCACAUCUUCAUGCCCAUCAUGUCAUCCAUCGGGAUAUUAAAGGACAGAAUGUUCUGCUCACGGAAAAUGCAGAAGUAAAGCUGGUGGAUUUUGGUGUAAGUGCCCAACUGGAUAGGACUAUUGGGAGGAGAAAUACAUUUAUUGGAACUCCAUAUUGGAUGGCACCCGAGGUCAUUGCUUGUGAGGAGAACCCAGACUCCACGUAUGAUUACAGAAGUGACCUGUGGUCCCUGGGAAUCACUGCGAUUGAAAUGGCUGAAGGAGCUCCUCCCCUGUGUGACAUGCACCCCAUGCGAGCGCUCUUCCUCAUCCCCCGGAACCCACCUCCAAAACUGAAAUCCAGAAAAUGGUCAAAGAAAUUCCUUAACUUUGUUGAAAGCUGCCUUGUUAAAAAUUACUUGCACCGUCCGUCCACRGAGACCUUGCUUAAGCAUUCCUUCAUCCGAGACAUGCAGAAUGAACGGCAAGUGCGCAUCAUGCUGAAAGACCACCUGGACAGGACCAGGAAGAAAAGAGGAGAAAAGGAAGAGACAGACUAUGAUUACAGUGGAAGUGAGGAGGAAGAUGAUGAGCUGAAUGAAGAUGAAGGAGAGCCAAGCUCCAUAGUUAAUCUCCCGGGAGAGUCAACUCUCCGUCGGGAAUUUCUGCGGCUACAGCAAGAGAACAAAAACCGCUCUGACCCUCAUUGCCAGCAGCAGCAGCUGAAGGACCAGGAGAAAUACAAGAAGCAGCUGCUGACCGAGCGGCAGAAGCGAAUCGAGCAGCAGAAAGAGCAGAGGAGGCGGCUGGAAGAUCAUCAAAGGCGAGAGCAGGAGCUCCGGAGGCAGCAGGAGUGUGAGCAGAGGUGGCCAGAGGUUAAGGCUGUUCAGCGGGCGGAGGACAAAAGGACUGUGGAAGAUGAGCAGUGCGUGGUGGAGGGCCAAGGAAGAUCAGAAAAGAAGCAGAAAAAGCUGGAAGACAUGCAGCAGCAGCAGCACAACAAGAAGGUGCAUCGAACGCUCCCCAAAGAUCAGACGCAGCUGCUGUCUCUUCAGCAUGACCACAAGCAGAAGAAGAAGGAGCCUCCCAAGGGUUCAGUUGCAGCAGCACAUUCUCCRGCAGGCAGUACAAGCAAGGAGGCUGAGGACCGCAAAAAGAAGAGCGAGGGCAUCCAGCCUUCUCUGCAGUGGGCAGCGGUGUUGGGGCACGAAGCCACCCCGCACGCUAGGAUGGGCUCCGGCAGCAGUUCCAGUCCCUGCACCCCUGCAAUGCAGAGAGCCGUGUUAGUACAGUGUGAAAAUUUCCGGGCUAGUAGAGAUGCAUACCACAGCRGUUCGCUGUCGGAUAUGGUGACAACACCGGUCAGCCCCGGACAGGACGAUGUAUUCUGGAGUAUGAGUCAAAAUGAAGAACAGCCCCCAAAGGUUCCUGAAAGGACAACCUCUAAAUUUUACAGCAGGGAUCAGCCUGGCCAUCAGAGAUGUCUUUCAAGUAAUGCUCAUCAGCUGUCCCCUGGGGGACAUAUUCUGAAACUAAGCAGCAGCAGUAGCUCUCCUGGCAACAAGCAGUGGGAGAUGGGAUCUCAUCAGAGCUGCCGAUCAACCGCAGGGAAUCCAGGCUCAGCCAAGGCAGAGACCACGUUGUCCCAGAACCACUCGCAGCAGCACAAGAAGCCUGAAAAACCCCCUCAUCCUGGCCAGAUUGCAAGUCCAGGUUCCUUUGCCAAGGGGAAGGACAACGCCAAUUUAUUUUUAAAAGCAGCAGAAUAUUCCUCAUCUAGUGAUGAAGUCGGCAGCAGCGAUGAAGAUGACGUGAGCCACACAAGGCAACUGCUAAGUAACCGAGUGGCAGAUUUCUCAAGGACAAGAGUACCAGAUGGAAUUGAACUGAAACCCCAAAGCACUGUUGCAGAACAGAAGGAUCAGAUUGUAGGAAAACAACUUUCUAGCACCCAGGAAGGCCUCUGGAGUAUAAACAACCAGAACUAUCUCCUGCCAGAUCUCCUCCAGCAAAGCCAAGUUUCAGACUCUUCUGUGAACCAGUUAAAAGUACCACUAACUAUCCAGGAACCUCAGAACAAAUCUGUGAAUAAGACACCGUGCACUGAAAGUACGCCUUCAAAAAGCAGUACAUCAUCUACAACAUCAUUUACUUCAUUCAUAGAUCCUAGACUUCUGCCAAUCACCCCUCCCACCAGUCCAGUAGGACCUCCCUGUAGUUCUCCAUCUAGUGCCAAACCUGAGCCUGUCAGGAGAGAGAAUGUGAGGAAGGGCUCUGUUGUCAACGUUAACCCAACAAAUAUCCGCCCGCAGAGUGACAGCCCAGAAAUCCGUAAAUACAAGAAGAAAUUCAACUCGGAGAUUCUGUGUGCUGCUUUGUGGGGAGUGAAUUUACUGGUUGGAACAGAGAAUGGGUUAUGGCUGUUGGACAGAAGCGGGCAAGGAAGAGUUUAUUCCCUAAUUACAAGAAGACGAUUCCAGCAAAUGGAUGUUCUGGAAGGACUCAAUGUGCUAAUUACUAUAUCAGGGAAGAAGAAUAAGUUAAGAGUGUAUUACUUAUCAUGGCUAAGAAACAAAAUUUUACGCAAUGACCCGGAGGUGGAGAAGCGGCAAGGCUGGGUGUCUGUGGGUGACCUGGAAGGCUGUGUACACUACAAAGUUGUAAAGUAUGAGCGAAUUAAAUUCCUUGUAAUUGCUUUGAAAAACUCAGUGGAAGUUUAUGCUUGGGCUCCAAAGCCUUAUCACAAAUUCAUGGCUUUUAAGUCCUUUACGUCACUUCAUCACAAACCACUGUCGGUUGACCUGACAGUUGAAAAUGGACAAAGACUAAAGGUGAUAUAUGGCUCCCUAGUAGGCUUUCAUGCUAUUGAUGUGGAUUCUGGRUCUGUGUAUGACCUGUACCUUCCAACACACAUCCAGGGGACUAUUCGCCCACAUGCCAUUAUCAUCCUCCCGAAUACCAGUGGAAUGGAACUUUUACUUACCUAUGAAGAUGAAGGCAUAUACAUUGAUAUAUAUGGGCACUUCACAAAGGAAACUGUUUUACAGUGGGGCGAAAUGCCAGCAUCUGUAGCUUAUCUUCAGUCAAAUCAGGUCAUGGGCUGGGGAGAUAAAGCAAUUGAACUACGCUCUGUGGAAACGGGCAAUCUGGAAGGAGUAUUCAUGCACAAGAAAGCACAGAAGCUCAAAUUUCUCUGUGAAAGAAAUGACAAGGUAUUCUUUGCAUCUGUACAGUCAGGAGGCAGCAGUCAAAUUUACUUUAUGACUCUCGGUCAAAAUGUGCUAUUCAACUGGUAAAUCACAUCAAAAUGAAGGAUGCUUUGAAUUCCCUCUAGCUAGCAGUGUAAAAUGCUUGGAGGUAAUACAGACAAAUUUGCACUUUUUACCUACAAGAAUUCUGACAUUAUUAACUUAUCAAAAUUCAUACCCUUUCAGUUUAGAAAGAAUUCCAUUUUCCUGUCAAAUUAUUGCAAACAUGUUUAGUUCCAUUUUCUAAAAUGUGUUGCAAACCAAGACUGUAGUCACAGUGUUAGCAAAGAGCGACUGUAAUGAAGAAUGUAGUCAAUAUAACAAACUCCUCUCCUAUGAAAAGUGCACCUUUUUCUUUUUUUCCACAGUGUAAUGCAGGUAGCUUGAACUGAAGCCUUUUUUUCUUUUUUGGAUGGCAACAGUACACAUAUAUAAAACAGAUCUAUUGGGUGAUAAAUUGGAAUCUGCUUUAUUUUGGAUUUGUUUUGCCUUGCUCUACACUUUAACAAAAUUAUUACUGUUUCAGCAAAAGAUAUUUGUCCAAGUCUUCUAACCGGUGAAAAAGCAACUUUCACUGGUUCAUUAAGGGAGCUAAUGCAGAUUUGGGCACUGAGGGAUUGUAUCUUGUCCUAGGUAGAAUGGGUGCAUCUCACAUCAGAGCUGGAAAAGCAGCUAGUCUAGGUGUGUGUCCCAUAUGGCGGAUUUUACAAAAUAGAGGGGACAGGCUUCAUGUUUCUCUCAGGGCUGGAUGUCUCAGCCUUUAGACACAGUUACUGUAGAAUGUAUUUGUAAAAAUAGUUUAAAUAGCUUGUCAGAAUCAUUUAUGCAUAAAUGUAUUAUGGACCUGAACCUUUAAAUUUUUACUGGAACAAGUGACCCGUACUCAUGUGAGUUGAUUUGAAGGCACUACCCUUGUGURUGAGGGUGCAGGAUCAGGCACCUGGGGUUUUUUUGGCCUCCCUUCUUGCUCUUUAAGCAUGAAGUUUUCAUGUAUUUGUAUGUAAAUAUUUCCGAAAUUGUUAUCAAGAUUAACAAAUGUACUCUUAGUUACRAAAAUAUCCAAAGAGUUGAUAUAUAAUAAAUAGAAAAUAUAAAUAAUUUCAGGUGCUUUGUAUGCUAAUUACAUCUAAACAAAGCUGCAUCCACCAGUGGUAUUAGUGCCAGUGUAUUUGCCAUGAAACUGUUCUCAGGGGCUUGUAACUUGGCCAUAAAACUAUAUAAACCUUCUAGUAUUAAAUUGUUGGGUUGAAUGCAAUCAUCAGAUGAAUUUUUUGAUGUGUUUUGAAAGUGUAAAGCAUCAAAUAAAAAGCAAUAUACAAAAGAGCUCAUUCCAGAUGUUAUACAAUAUGGAUGACACUGCAGAAGUGAAAUCAUUAGCUACAGUGUUUGAAAAUGGUUAUUUUUUACUUGAAAUCUGUGAUGCUGAAAGGUGCAGGGAAAGUGUAUUGGAAUAUCUGGUCGUCUACCUCAAGGAUGAUGAUUCAAAAUUGACAAAGAAGAGGCAAAAUUACAGAUGUUAGAACUGGUAGCUSUUCUGUACAGUAUGUCAAGUUAGUGUUAGUAGAUGUGUUGUGACUGAAACGUGCUCGGAUUGCAACCUUCAGCUCCAGAACUGGGGUUCUUCUCCAGAACUGUGUUCUUCAGCAGAGAAGUCCAGGAAUGAGCCCAGGUGGGGAGCAAGCACCGUUUUCACUCCCAGUGGUGGCACCUCAAGCGCUGCAGGGCAGGCUGGAGAUGUCAAUACUGUGGCCAUGGGCUUUGGCUACGUGGAGGACUGCACUUUCCAAAGUUUUUAACUUAGCACUUUUCAUGAGUUUAUCUACAAUUGCGUAGUGUUUUUUAUGAAGUAUUUUCCUCUUAAAUGUUUUAACUUGCAAAAAAUACAAGCCUAAGGACGUGCUAAAAAUAUGUUGUAGUUGCACAUUCAAAGUGGAUUUUUUAAUGCACACAAGUAAUCAAAUUUGUGCACAGACUUAAAAUCUGAAUGGUAUACAA